AUGUCCGUGCCCGCCGUCCUCGUUGCUAGCGCCUCCUCAGAGCUGUUGCUCGAUCGGAGAUGGCGGCGUCGGGAGUUAGGCGGUCGAGGGGUUCGGCCGGCGAUGGAGGGUGGUUGUGAAGUGGAAGGUCCACCUCGAUACUCUGAAGAAGGCGGGAAAUGCUCAGAACUACUGGUGGCAGCAGCGGCGGCGGAGGAGGAGUAG